UGGGGCAAAUAAAUCCGAACAACAACUGCGAAGAGUAAAGUUGGGCGUCCGUGGGGCGUCCGCGUAUAUAUUUUCACGGUGUACGCUUUUCACCUCAUUGCCGUAAGCGAGCGACGUAGAAUUGCUGUAAGUUUAUAGGACACAGUGCUUAAAAAAAGUGAUUCAAGAUGAUUGUGUUAAAAUCGGUGAUAUUUGCUCUGGCUGUAUCGACGACUGUACUUGCUUAUCCUGCGAGCAAAGAUGAGGAGCCAACUCUCAAUCCAAUGGCGGAGGUCGAUUUUGUACCCUUGGAAGCGCAGCGUCCCGGCGUCUUCCCACCGGAUGGUGUCAUAGACGUCGACGCCAACGGUGGCGGUUUCUUCGGCAAUCCAUUCGGCAGUUACCCAUUCCCAUCGGUCUUCGACAGCUUUAAUGCGCUAAUGACCAGGAUGAGGCAUCAGCUUGAUCAACUCUUGGGACGUUUACCUUCAAAUGGAGGCGAAUCGCCGUUCCCCGAAUUGCACAUUCCAAAUGUUGGCGAUUUCGACUUGGCAAAAGGAAAUACCACUUCGGUGACUAAGAUUAUAAAUGGUCACAAAGUAACCAUUAACGAAACUGAGUAUAAAAAAGACAACGAUAACGGUGGUUCCUUCUUCAAAGUUCGCGUAGUUGACGUGCAUCCAGACACUGAAGGGUCCACAUCAAAAGACGUCGAAGGCGUCGUACCAGUAAAAGACCGCGAACCCAUGGACGACGAAGAGAAAAAAAUUAGGGACAAUGAGGCAUUGAGACCCAUCCACAUCGAAACGUUUGAAGAGCCCGACUCCCACGGUUCCGCCGACAUGAAAAGGAACACGCAUUGGGGAUACACGAAGCCUCUAGAAACCAUCGAAGAUAACAGUCUGACCUCCGAGCUGAUCCCUCCCCCAGAUUUAACUAACGACAUUUACGUUAAUCAAUUACUGGCGGAUUCGGGCGCGCCCACCAACCCCGACGCGGAGAUCUUCGAUGUGACCGGCGGCGUGCACCAACAGCCCAAGAAUCUUGCAGCUACCCAAUACUACCCGCGCCCCUAUGGACAUCCCGAAAUUGAACGAUUCCAAAUCCAUCCAAACUUCGACAAUAACAUCCCCUACUACCCGGAUCCACUGAUCCAACAGAAUCGGCCGAACUUCCCGAUGUUUCCCCCCAUGUUUCCGCCGCACCAGAUGUACGCGCCCCGUCAGUAUCUGCCCGAGCAAGAUUCGGCGGCGAGUACGCAAACUCACAACAUAAUCCAAAGGAGCACUACGGUAGCAAAGGAGACGACGCACGAAACGGCGGCGGUACCCUCUCAGACUGACGCGAACGCCUCGACCUCGACAUGAUAAAAGACCUCCUCUCUUGUUACGGUUUAGACGUUUGAGGCUAAACUGAUAUUUUGUUAGACUGAUAAAUCUCCUGUUUGUAUUGUUAUUUGUGCAUCUUACUUGCCAAAGACUUGAUCACUGCAUUGUAGUAACUACACCAUCUUCUUACUUGAGUAACUAAAUUAUUAAUUUAUGUCAUCUACGUAGAAGCUAUUUUAUAUCGUAUUUAAUAUUCGUAAUUCUUAAAUUAUUUAUUUUUUAUAAUAAACAUUCCUUUAGCAAAAGA